GCCUUGAGACAGAUCAUUACUGCAGAAGUGAGGCGGGAACAAGCUGACCCAUUCACUUGACUAACAUAUUCAGGAAACAGAAUAUUUACAUUCUGUCUAUUUUUUUCUGCCUUCCUUUCCUCCCACAGCUCUCCCCCUCUCCUCUUCAAGGUGUCGUGCACGCGCUCACUAGGCUGCUAUUAAAUGGGCGGACUGUAGGCGCGGUCACGUCCACAGCGGCUCCGGUGGUGACUGUCACAUAAAAGUGCGCGUCCCAGCGGCCGGCCGACGGACUGCGAGACCGGAUCGGACCUGACAGACACCGGGGAUCUGAACCACCGCUCAUAACACAACAAAACCAGCCGCAACAGCUUGAAGGCGACUUGAUCAGCUGACGUCCGCUGUUGACAUCACCUCAAAGUUUCCCAGACAGCCAUCCUCGGUAGCCUCCACCUUAGGCUACUGUAGCCUGCCUUGCGUGGGAUGCUGGAGAGUGGGAGAGCAGGAGGGGAGAUUUGAUGCCAACAGUAAAAGAGGUGUGGCAUUUCUAGUCAAUCAUGGGGGAUUCAAUAUUCAACUGCUGUUAUGUCCCACCCCAUCCCCCAGGCGAGGGGGAACUCAACGGGUCCAGGCGCUCAGAGAUCAUGGCCUCCAAUUCAUCGAACAUCUCCUCCGACAAGCGCUUCCUCAUCUUCUUUGACUUCGAUGAGACCAUCGUGGAUGAAACCAGCGACGACCUAGUGGUGCAGGCCGCCCCUGGUCAGCACCUCCCGGGCUGGCUGAAGGACACCUACCAACCCGGCCGCUACAACGAGUACAUGCAGCGCGUGCUGACCUACCUGGCGGAGCAGGGCGUCACAGAGAGCGACAUGCGCAGCAUCAUGGAGAAGAUACCGGCCACCCCCGGCAUGAUCACCCUCUUCCAGUUCCUCCGCACCCGGCCCCCGCAGGACUUUGAAGUGGUGCUGUUGUCCGACGCCAACACCUUCUUCAUCGAGUCCUGGCUCCGGCGUGCCGGUGCGCGCCCACUCUUCCACCGGAUCUUCAGCAACCCGGCCACCUUCAACAAGGAUGGCCGGCUGGUGAUGCGGCCCUUUCACUCCCACGACUGCGCGCGCUGCCCCAGCAACAUGUGCAAACAGGUGGUCGUCAGGGACUAUGUGGCUCGAAGGACGCAGGAGCGGGGUCGUCCGUACCAGAGGGUCUUCUACGUGGGGGACGGAGCCAACGACUUCUGCCCAGCGCUCUCCCUCGGGGCCCGGGACGUGGCUUUCCCACGACGGGAUUUCCCCAUGCACCGGCUGAUCACGGAGACGCAUGAAGCCAUGCCCGGGGAGUUCAAGGCUGUCACGGUGCCGUGGGUUAGCGCGGAGGAAGUGGUGCAGAGGCUGAGGAAGCUGGUGGCAGAGUAGCCUAGGCUAGAGGGGUGCACACAGAGACAGAAAGGAGAGCAGUAAGGGGCCAAUUGACACUUUUAGUCAUAUUCUCAGGUAAAAUAGUCUAUAGGCUAUAUAAAAACAUUUAGAAGUAGGAGUAUGAGUUUGUCUGUAUUUGCAUAAUAAAUACCAUAAAUUCAAUGGGACAUGGUGCUUUUAAGUGUUAAACUGUGUCAAUUGAGAAACCUCAGUAGCAAUACUAUUUAAAAUGGUAUGGGUGCUUAUGUUAAUCAAGUGAUGGGUUGCUCUUUAAUAACAAGUGUGUUUUCUUAUCUGCACUUUUUAAAAAUAUGAAUUGUGAAAUAAGUCUCAAUACAGGAAUCUGAGUAGCCUACACUGUCAUCUGAUGGGCAUUUCAACAGAUCUACAAGAUGACCAAACAGUAUUUUUUUGUAUCAACAUGCUUCUCAGAGAAUACCCUAUCUCUGAUUUAGGAAUUUAUGACAAUGCUCUAUGGUUGUUUAUUUGUUUGUUUGUUUGUUAUUUUAACUUGUUUAUCAGUCUGUUGUGUCUUUACUGUGUAGGCCAGGCCUACUGAAAGAAAUAUGAACACCAGCAGGAAUAAAGCCAUCAACUGAAA